CAAGAAUGUCUGAGCCAGGCAGGCUUGGCGUGAAAGUGGAGAAGGAGGAACAAAGAAGACAGUCAGACGAAGGACGAAGAAAAAAACAGAAAAUGACGGAAAAUAUACAACACCAACAUGAUCGAGAUCGCGUUCUCGCGCCAGCAGUCCGGCAGGCAAAGACAAACGGCCCAAGCGACCCAGGCCUGAGCUAUUGUUGGGCGGAGUGAGGCGCCGUCGCUAGACUACGGUGUGCGAGGGCCAGUGCUUCGGUGUGGACAGGGCGAUGGGAGGUCACCCACCGAACGGGAGGAGCGCUAGCGCCAGGCUUGGCCGGCAGCCCUGGAAGUGAGGGGAUAAUAAACUGGGCGCGGUGCGGCUCAAAAACCUGGAAAUUGCGGGCAGAGGUGCUGCCCCGUGAUGCCGCCGAUGGCAGGCUAGAGCAAGGUCCUGAUCACUCAACCAAGACACCAUCAGGAAGCGCCCCUCAGGACAGAUAGAGAAUUCCUCACCAUCUUUCCGACAUAUGACUGUCUUUGCUUUUUCGCAUCCACUUACACUUAUCCGCACACACACACACUUACACGCCCACAAAGUGCCAACCGGCAAUGAGACUCUACCCACAUUUUAUCGACAAGCCUUUACCGCUGAUGAACCGGGGUGGAGCACGGCCCCGUGUCGCCGAGAGGUUGUAGUGGUGUCACACACUUACGCGUUGCGCUCCAUGUGGGAGCAGUUGGAGUGUGGGAAUCAAGAUCACAACCUAUCACCAGACCUCCCCGCCGCCCGUAUCCCUUGUGCUAGGACAUUGCGUUCGCGGGUGAUCCGCCCGCCGGCUCGCGCUGCGUGUCUUUGAAAUCGGCAGCGGCGGAUGCGAUGCAUAAGGCGAUGCCAAUCAUGUCGCUUGUGUGAGCUUGCAAAGGGGCGGGCGGACGCGAUCCAAAGCCCGUACCUUGCAUCAUGCGUCCCUGUGGUGCCACGCGCCCUUUCGGGACUCGGAUUUGUCAACAGAUUUUGCUGCCAGUUCCUGGAGCCAAACCAGGCGGCGGCUUCAUGGCCAAGACGACUAGAAGCCUGCUUCUGUCGGGUGCUAGCGUGCUGUGGGGGGCGCGGUAUGCCAACAUCAUGGUCGGGAAGGAGUCACGGCGUCGUGUAUGUCUGAGCCCCAGCGAACGGGAAUGAGGCAUGGCGCAGGCAGUAGCUUGUGCAGUAGGGCGAGACGCGAAUAUUGACAGGUUGGUGACGUUUGCCGACCAAGCCGAGAGGGUUCUGGGGCCUAGCCCACGCGUCAACCGUCAGCGUCUUGGCUAUCUCCAGGGAAUGCCGUAUCAGCAGAGCAGACCAACAUCCUUCGCCCCAAAGAUGUGCGAUCAGUAAUAUCAGUGAUGCCGGACCUCGCCGGGAUGUGGGUAAUGUCGGGUGCCGGCGCGAUAAAAAUACGGCAAGUCAGCCUCCGAGGGUGACGGUGCUUGGGAUAUCACAUCCAGCGGGGGUCUGGUGACCAGGCAGGGGGGCUGUUUAUAGCUGAUUCUUGGUGCAUGCCAUGCGGAGUAAAUCUCAAAAACGUCUCCAAACACGGAUCGAUCGGCUUGAUUUUCACGGCCCGGACAGUGAAGCAGGAAGGUGGGGUGGCCUGGGCAAUGCUGGGCCUGCAGAGCAGCGAUGAUCGAUGCGGGAAUUCCACAAGCGGAUGCGAUGGCAAGAAGCCAGUCCGGCAGAGCUAAGCGGUCCCAUGGACUUGCAAGGGGAGGGCUGCUGGCCGGGGUUAAAGAUGGCGAUGUGAUGCCGGCUGACGGUGGGUGGCUGAGCAGGUCUAGGGCGCGCAGGGCUGCAGGUUCAUGUGACGGCCCAUGGCGGUAGCGUCUUGAUAAUUGAGGCCAUGUGGACUGGAGAUAGAUGGAUCAUGAAAUAGGACUGACGGGGAGGAGCAUUCAUUCCGGCGACUGUCUCAAGUCUGGGCGAGUAUUGAGAUGCGCAAACCAGGAACGGCGAAUGAAAUUAGCUUAGGAAAAGAAACGAAAUUGUGGUGGCACGUGACUUUCCUAACCAGGCACACCCAUUACGAAAAAAGAAAAUGACAAUUUCUUCGGAGAAUAGGAAGAGGAAUAGGAAAAAGAAAAAAAGAAGAAGGAAAAGAAAUAAGAAUAGGAAAGUUUACGGCAUUAAUAAUUUCACUUAAUCUUUAGGACCUCCUGUAAGACUGCCGUCUUUUUUGUGGUGGGCGUGCCAGGCAUAACUCAGCUCUGCGCAUUACAUAACAUGCAUAUGGGAUUAAUCGUCCAGCCCAACUCCUGCACCCACCUCACCAUUCGCGGGGUUCAGAUUGGAGAUGGGGAAGGGAAACACUAACGCUGGCGGCAGCAAACAUGCCCUCGGGCUGUUUCCUUUCUUCGGGACCGGUUGUGUCCAAUCCCCCCAGCUCAUCUUCUUUAUCCAACUGCUAUGCCCUGGUUUCCGCGACAGCAUCUUUGGCUGAUUUUAAAGGACGCCAGGAACCGCGACACGUUGACCUAGCACCCGUAAGCUGGUUGCCUUCCUCCAGGCUGCAGCAAGCCCAAGGCAACUGCUGAGAAGGCAGAUAAGAACACGAGUGACAGUUGGCUGCAUUCCUGUGCGUCGCUGCCUGGCAGGGCCACCCCUAAGACCCGAGCCUUGGUUGCAACAGCCAGCGGCCAAAGUCAUGUCGAUCCUCAACCCAGAGACGGCGGCAGCGUCAGCACCGCUGCAGGUCCGCCUCAUCACGCACAACGUGCGGUUCGCGACCAAGACGCCGUCCCCAGGCGAGCGGCCGUGGCCCGAGCGGUGCCCACGCCUGUGCGCGCAGCUGUCCUUCGCCACGGCCGGGCGCGACGCCUCCUUUGUCUGCCUGCAGGAGGUCCUGCACGCUCAGCUGCGCGACGUGGUCGACCGCCUGAACGGGCGGGGCGGCUCCUCCUCUGGCGGCGACUGGGCCCACGUAGGCGUCGGGCGCGACGACGGCCGAGAGGCGGGCGAGCACUCGCCCAUCCUGUACCGCCGCGGCGCGUGGGAGUGCGAGCGGCACAGGACCUACUGGCUCAGCGAGACGCCCGACAGCCCGUCCAGGGGCUGGGACGCCGACCUGCCCCGCGUUGUCACCGUCGGGCGGUUCCGCCGGCGUGAGGGUGGUGGCACGCCGCCCGUCGUUGUCAUGAGCACCCACCUCGACCACCGCGGCCUCACCGCGAGACGCGAGAGCGCCAAGCUGCUCAUCCGCAUCGCGGCCGAGUGGUCCAAGGGCGGCGGUGGUGGGGGUGAUGGGGAUGACGCGGAUGGUGGCGUGUCUGCUGUUGGCGCCGAGCCGGCGCUCACCGUCUUCCUGGGCGGUGACUUCAACAGCAAGCCCGACAGCGGCGCCUAUCAGGAGAUGACGGCCCCUGGCAGCGGCAUGGCCGACGUGUCGACGCUCCUGCGCGAGGAGGACUGGUACGGCAACCACGACUUCACGUACACGUCCUUUGGGGAGCCCAACGAGACGGCGGCCAAGAUCGACUUCCUGUUCGUCAGGGACCCAGCCCCGUCUGCCGCCAAGGUCCUCACCUUUGGCGUGCUGGCCAACCGGUUCGACGACGACGGCGUCUACCUGUCGGACCACCGGGCGGUGGUUGCAGAUGUGGAGAUCUCACACACCACCGCGCCUACGAUGUGAUCUCGCACGGUGCCGCGUCGGUGGGACUCUAGUGGUGCUGGCGGUGGCGCCAUUACGGAGAGAGCGUCGAGGGGGGCGACACGGCCAGCGGGCCAGUAUAGCCCACCCGGAAGCAUCGUGAACACGGAGCUCGGUUCUCUUGCAAGGGACCGUCUCGGGCCGUCAAGUCGAGGCCCGAAGCCUGCCGCCAUUGGGACCUCCCUGUGUUCUUGGGGGAGGGGUUGUACAUACCUCGCGUGGCACGAGAUUCGGUCUCCUGUGCCACCCUCCACCCUCCGCACUGCAGUCAGGCUGGCUGGCAUGGGCUUGGCUUGGCUCUCGCAUCAACAAUGGCCCGAUGAACAGCUGGCGUUCUCUCAUGGGUCGCAACCCCUCCAGGGGGCUGGUCGUGGUCGUCAUGUACGGGGGCAUAUGUCCCGCAGACGAAAUCAAGAACGAGAAGUUGCUUUGCUGCUCUGCAACGAUGACGGUUCGUUUUGAGUUGCUCCAUCCCUUUCACACUCCUCCUCGGCUUACCCGUACAAUGCGGCAUUUUUCCUGUUGGGCCAUGCACGGAACACAAGCACGAUCUGGUCCCCUUCUGUUAUCUUGCCACAUAUUAUUGCUAUAUACGGCCGCCGUGUGCCUUGCCGCUUCCGUUGGGCAUCAUCAGGUGGUCUUGGACCCGGCUCGUAGAAGUUUGUUGUCAUACAAGCUAUACUGUUCUGCAGGUCUUCUAUAUAAGCCGAGAAUCCAGAGAGGCGGGCAAGGGUUGGACCUUGGCCUCCUCUCGCCUCCACUUUCUCCCCCUGUUCCGCGGUGUAUACCAGCAUGGGGCGCUGCAGGAGCCUAAUCCCGAAAGGACACUGCCAACCACCCGACGUCACAGCGCACGCUGCCCCCCACGCGUCAAAUGCGUGCUGAGGGGGAGAACCAAAACUGCAUCUCCAUGUCACCGGGGUGGUGGCAGACAAGCGAGAUGUACAUGCCGUUUUGGGGAGCUCUUGCUAGCUGGCCGGUCCCCAAAAAUAGUGAACCGACGCACGCGGCCGUGAGCGGAGAGGGCGGCGGGCUUGGAGGGGGGCAAAAAGGCGGUGUGGGAUUGGCUGGCAUUGUUCCGCAGGAGUGGCACUGUAUCUCGUUGUGGAAGCCGGGCGGGCAAACCAGACAUGCUGUCUUUUGACUAGGAAUCAUGGGAUGGCAGUACAGGCAGGACGCGAGGACACAUACGGAUUGGAGAUGGAAGAGGAGGAUGGGAAACAUCUGCGAAACGAUUCGGCGUGUUUUGUCCCUCGGACCGGCCAGUCCGCUUGCUCCUUUUCUUUCGGACACUUGUCGCCCUCUCGUUCCCCAGCGAUAAAGUCGGGGUGCGUUCAGUCAAACAGAAGCAAGCAGCCGCGAGCCAAUGUGCGGGUGGCAACAUGAUGACUUGCAUCCAGAGUGCGCAUUUGCGUGGUUGGAUGGGGAUGGGGAUGGGGAUGGUGAUGGCGACGAUGAGAAAGCAACAAGAACCUGUCCGAACCCUCCAUACGUGGGCACAGAACAGGUGGUUGAGACGCGAGGCAUGGGCAUGCGUGCGUGUGCCGUGGCAGUCGCUUAGGUCGUGUAGCGGCCGAGCAGACAUGCCCAACACACCCAUUGAUCCCAAAAUGCCGCUCCCUAUCUGCGCGCAGCCGAAACGAACGGCCCCGAUUCGAAGGGACGGGCUCUAGUGGUGUUCUGGUCCCGGAUCCGGUAUAUCCAAUGUAUAAAGGCGGCGGGUGUGGGAGGGUAUAUCACGGGCGAACGAUUGGUCUAGUAUACGCACAUGCCCUCUCUCUGGAGGGCGUCUGCAGCAGUCGCAGCAGCAGCCAGCCGUGCCAUCCCUCACGUUCUGCCGAUCCCCCUUCCCUCCUAUUCCCUCGCUCCCGGCACAGGGUCGAUGGGGAAAUGUCCGCAAUGUCGAGCCCAGCCAGAGAGACACGAGUGCCGAAAGUAGCUAGUGAUGUAUGCAGGUUGUGGAUGAUACGCGAGUAGACGCGAAGGAAACAAACAAUAGACAAAGAGGAAAACGCCACUUCCCCGCAGACCAUCCAUCAUCCGCCUACCUUGUUCAGCUGGACCCUUG